UUGAAUAACCACCCGCAAACGCCCACAAGCUGAUUGAUGUCGGGCGAAUUAUUAAGUGCUUUCGCGCGGGUUUUAAUAAAUUUACUGUGAUUAUAAUUUGUUUUUUCUGCUUUACGUACAAGAGGAUUUUACGCGUUUUGUGCGCAGGAUUGCACCACCUUCGACAUUCACAAAAUAUGGAUGCCAGCUACAUCCCGAACAACCCCCAGUUUGGGUUGCAACUCGAAUGUAACUGGACCACCGGAGUACAACCUUGUCAAAAUUCAUGCCAAAGUUCCUGUCCAGAUGAGCUGUCCUCCUGCUGGCCUGAAGAUAUGGGCUCAUUUACUUUACCGCUUGAUUUAGAACCGCUGCCGACGCUAUUCCCAUUUUCGCCCUGUUCCAGUGCUAACGGUUUGUUUAAAACAGAAGAAGCGUUACAAAAUUCUUCGCCUAUAACGAAAGAUACUAAGGCGCCUUCCGCUGAUAUGGCCGACGUUUUACUUUCACUGAAACAUGCCGUCGUUCAUCCCGGUCAGACCGAAAAGUACGAUCCGCAACAGCAAAUGUACCAUCCGCAGGUGUUGCUUUCGCCGGGUGGAUACGGCGGGAGUUUCUGUGAUCAAGCCUUCCCUCAGCAGCCGCCGAUGUUUCCAAGCAUGUCCGUGAACGUCUCAAUGAACAUGACGAUGCACGGUUAUCAUCCCAACAGCAAUUACCCUUCGGCGGAAAUAACCUGCCCGCAGGUUCAGUGGAAUUCGGCGCCUCAAGUUUCCGUACCUGGCGGCUACAAUUCGCAAGGAUUGUUAAGUCCAAGUUACGCGGGUGCUACCUACUCGUUUACGGCGGAUUUCAGGCCGCCACAAGACGGUCCCGUCAUUUCCGCCUCAUAUAAACCAGUUUCUGUGUCUUUUGGCUCGCCUAGACGAAAACAUUUUCAAAAUCCCAUGGAGGACGAUUGCCAAAAACCAAACGUUUGCCGGAUUUGUGGAAAAAGCUACGCUCGUCCCAGUACGCUAAAAACACACCUAAGGACCCACUCAGGAGAAAAACCAUACCGAUGCGUUGACUGUAACAAAUCAUUUUCUCAGGCAGCAAAUCUAACCGCCCAUAUUAGGACACACAGCGGCGAAAAACCGUUUCGAUGUCCGGUCUGCGAUCGCCGUUUCUCACAGUCGUCUUCGGUUACCACGCACAUGCGGACACAUUCGGGAGAACGGCCGUACAGGUGUCGGCUUUGCAAAAAGGCGUUUUCGGACAGUAGCACCUUAACGAAACACCUUCGAAUACACAGCGGCGAAAAACCGUACGAGUGCAAAUUGUGCUUGCUGCGAUUUUCGCAGAGCGGAAAUCUCAACAGGCACAUGAGGGUGCACGGAAACGGAGGAAUUUUGACCACGUGAUUUUUAUUCAAGUGAUCGCUUUGUUGUUCAAUGGGAGCAGUGGUGGGGCAGCAGAUUUGCCUUUGUGAUAUAUUUUUCGAUUGGAAUGAUUUGUUAUAACGCAACCACACGAUAUUUGUUUUAUCCCUAUCUGUUUACCGUACCUUGUGUCUACAAACGCAAGCUAUUUUAAGCGUAGAUUAUUUAAAAUAAAAAUGUGCAACGAUUUGAUAACGAAUUACAUGAAAAAUGUUGAAUACCAAAGAUGUAAUUGAAUUGUUAAG